AAAUUGUAACAUACGAUUGAUCGGCCAUUACGAUUAUCUAUAACAAACGCAGUUACUGAGGGACUACUCGCUGAAAUUAUUUCCACGUAGCCUACUAAGUUGGUUGCUGACAGCUGCUCUAUUUCUAACAACGAUGAAGGGACCCAAUGCAGAAACCAAACCGGUAAAGGAGCCCAGUUCAUCACCCAAUAACGAGUACAACGAGUUGCCGCCUUACCUGCACGAGGACCCCCCGGAAGAUCUGGAGAAGGACCACCCGAAAUCCGAGACGGGAGUGAUCUGGAGGGUGACGGGCGGGCUGUUCAACAUGACGAGGGGCGCAGUGGGCGCCACCCUCGGGGGCGUGGCCUGGGUGGGCAGCAAGAGCUUGGAGCUGACCAAGACCGCCGUGAGCAGCGUGCCAUCAGCAGGCGUGGGCCUGGUCAAGGGUGGCGUCUCCAUGGUGACGGGAGGGGUCGGAGCCGUGGGGUCAGCGGUGGCCAGUAAAGUCACGCCCAAGAAAAAAGACAAAGCUGACUAGGCUGGUUCUUCCUUGUUUUCUUCACCUGGGAAAUCUCCAAGCAGUCUGCUCUGAAAAGGACUUGUGAGGUACAUUUCAACACAGGAAGUGACACGAAAAGGAUAUAAAAUCUAUUACACUGCACUGAUGAUUGUAAAAUUACUAUAGGUGGGAUUGGGGCCUUGGUCUUAUUUUAUUUAUCCACAGGAAGGACAAAGUAUCCCAUAAUCCUUUUUAUACCUUCAGCAGAUUAAUAGUGGAUACAUGUUUAAUGGAUUGGCCUUCAGAUUGGAAUAGAAAGGCCUUUGGUAGUUGAAUGUGUGUUAUUGACAGUAACUAGUUAAUAGUAUAGUGAAUGCUCCAUUAUCCUUCAGCUUGGAAUAGAAAUCAUGAAGACAUAUCAGUGUAAUAUACCAAAGUAUUGUGGUAUUGGCAGCAUUUGCAUAUAGUGGAAGACAAAGAAAGGAAAGGGUUAAGAAAUGCAACAUUUCCAAAGAUGAAGUUUACUGUCAUUGAAUAUUUUUUCCUUUUUCUUUUGAAGAUUUUUGUUUUGUGAUUAUUUUGACUUUGCCAGACCUUGGGCAAAUACACACUUCACAAACAUUGACAAAUGCUUAAAAUGUAAAACAUUAAUGUAUUUAACUGUCAAAAACAUUCUAGUCUCUAGUCCAAUGCAAUCCAUUAUGUUAUAAUUGAAAGACCAAUGUUUGGAUUUGGUGCAGACUGUCGUUGGAACAACUGAAAUAAAAUGAUGUUAUCUGCCAGUGUGAGUACACUCACCACUGCAAUUAAAGAUAAGAAAGGGAAUUUGAGAGCCCGCGAAAUGAUGUAAUGAUCACUUUCAGUACUCAACCGCACUUAGAGUAAUAGAUGUUCCUCAUUUGAUGCCUAAAUGACUAAUAUAGACAUAUAGUGUUUACUAAUGGUCCUCAAAUGCAUUUGUCUUGUUUAAAGUGUACUCUCCUCCAGUUUAAUUCACUGCCACUGCAGUCUAACAGUCUUAUUAUUUGAUACAUCUCCAACAAGGAUUGAACGUGCAGGACCGGAGCUGAGCUGAGCUAGGUUCAUCUGUGAACCAGCUCAGGAACCCUGGACCUUUCACGUGAAAUGAGCUCAGGAGGACGACUUGGACCUGACCAAGGUCAUUUUGAGCCACGAGACUUGCCGUUGAGUCAAACUUAAAGUCUGAUGUUUUUAUUUCACCUUGCGAGCAGACACUCUGUCAAGUAUCUAUGGAGUACCCACAUUUUUUCCAAGUGUGAAAGUUUGGGGAAGACAGAUGAUGAAGUAUUUACUGCAGGAAAACAUUUGAGGUAAAACCAAGCAUUAUAAACCGCAGACCGUUAUAACGGGCAGAUUCAGUACAGCACCAUUUCAGCGCAUUUUCCACUUGAUUAUGAGCUCUGAGACGCACAAUGGAUUACGCACAAGGUCCCACUCACUGUCACUUUAUAUUCCAGUCCUGGUUGCAUAUUAUGGAUUAACCUAUUUCAAAUUGAAAAUUAAAAUUAAUGCUACAGCACAAGCUCCUCAUAUUAAUAGAGAACACUCAUUUGAGCAUUUCCCUUGGGCAGCUCUCUCGGUUCCCGACACACUGUGACAUAAACAGACAUGUUUAGUCCAUAUUUGUAAUGCAUUAUGAAUCGCUUGUUGAUUGUAUUCUUACCGGUAUAUUGGGCUUUUUAAUUUUUUUUAAACGUUACCAGUUUACUCACUGGGAAGAAGUCUCCCUUAGUUUGCACACAAAGAACUUUGAGAAUGUAUUCGGGUCUUCUUGCAAUGCAGACCUAACGCUCCCACUCCUAGCAUCUGCAGACCAGGAGCAAGGCCCUCCUUUACAUCCAGCCAUAUGUCCCCAGUGGGACUUUCAGAGUCAUUGUGAGUUUGCUUCCAUUGUGAACUUUCAAUAAAAAUCACUAUGCUUGGCAAAGGUAGUUGUGUCUGUUAGAGCAUUGCAUGCUUCAGGCAAUGGCUUCCUGUACACAUUGUGGUAUAUUUAUUUUAUAAUGUUCCUGUUUUUCAUUUCUUUGCCUUUUCUUUGUUCUUAUUUUUUCCCAUUUCUUCAGCACAUUCAGUUAUGGUAGGUAUGUAAGGUAUUGGAGACUGUGACUGUAAAUUGAAGACCAUUUAGAAUUUGUCUAUUAUAGAGCUAUUUUUGCAAACUUGAUGCUGUAUUCUUGAAAUAAAUAAUCUCUGUAUUUUAA